GCUCUUCCUCCCCUUGUCUAGCUAGUGACUUGUCCGGCAUCGAGGUGGUCCCGUGCGCUGUGGCGUUGUUGUUUGCAGAGCAGGGAGCUCUGGCGACAAUCACCAUGGCCAGCCUGACCACCGUGGAGAAGUUGAUCCUGUUCCACAAGCUCGAGCGUGACCUGUUCCACCGUCUAGUCCACGACCUCGCCCAGGACCCAGUGCCCAUGCGAUGGGUGAUCGCGUUCUGGCUCUGGCUCGAGUCCGAUGGCCACCAUGACUUCAUCCGCCGCGUCUCCGCGCUGCCAGGACCCGUUGUGCUGCGGUUCGUCGAGGAGGCCAUCGAGUGCCUCCGCGGCCUCGCCUGCCGGGGCCACGGGCCUGCGGCCGGCACCGGCGACGGCGACGGCGACGGCCGCGAGAGGCGGUGCCUACCCUGCACGAACGCGCUCCUGACCAAGCCCAUAGACGAUGCGGGCUACUUCGAAGGGCAACGCGAGAUUUUGGAUGGCGUCAGGUAUCAGUACAGGACCGUAUGCCUCGCCGUUUGUGAUGUCGACAGCAACAUCACCGCUUGUGUGCCCACUAACACUAGCGGCGGCGUGCUUGUUGCUCCGCCGAUGGUCGGCUCCCCUGUCCUCGCCGUCCCGACGGCGGCAUCCUUUCCACUAAAUCCGAUGGCAUCGCCGUGGAUCCCUUUGAAGAGCCCCCCGCCAGAUGACUACCGCUCCCUAUUUAUCACCUUCUCCAGAGGCUACCCCAUUAGCAGGGACGACAUCGUGGAGUUCUUCAACUCGGCGUACGGGCCAUGCGUGGAGACGGUGAUGAUAGAGAAGGUGGCGCCGGGGCAGCUGCCGGUGUACGGCCGCAUGGUGCUGCGCAGCGCGGCGAUGAUCCCAGCGGUGCUGAACGGGCGGCAGACGGCCAAGUUCUUGAUCAAAGGCAGGCACCUCUGGGCCCGGAUCUACGUCCCCAGCUCCAGGCUCUCCUACGCGUGAUGAUUCCCAGCCACCUACAGACCACAAGCCGGCCGGCCGGCCGGGGUAAGAGCAGAGCUGGAGCUCUUACACUAAUGUUACCCACUUACGUGCCAUGCCUAGGCCAGUUGGCCAGGGUAAGCUGUGGCUAGAGCUUUACUGAACUUUCUCGUCGAAUAAAUUACCGGAGUGUUAAAGCUU